AUGCGACAAGUGGCGUCUUCGUGCCCCCGUAAAAGCCCCAAUGCCGAGCUUCUGCCCAUUAGGGACGUCAGACCACCACACAGUGCAUCUCUGACUGAUGAGCCGUCGAUGCUCAAAUCAGUACCAGAUGUCCAGUUUACUGCUGAAGGCCUGCGUGUUACACUUAAGGCUGCUCAGGAACUGUCAGCAUUUCUUCUGCAAGAGUGCGAGUUCAACUCGUUGUCCACAAUUCUCAAAAACAAGGCCUCCAUUCCUGGUGAACUUCAAAACGGCACGAGUGCAAGAAACAAAACCGUGAUGAUUGCGGCAUUCCCGUACAUGGACAAGGCGGUGUUUGCGUGGUUUUGUGAACAGCAUGCCAACAAGGUGCCUUUAUCUGGCAGGAUCCUGCAACAGAAGGUGCUGGACUUCGCUUCUCGCCACGCCAUCGUGGCCAAAGUCAUCUCCGGGGAGGCAGCAGCCGUCAACUCGGUGACAACGUCGUCGCGGCUGCUGAGCAACAAAGAACUGCUCAGCCAGUACAAGCCCUCGGACAUAUAUAAUGCCAAUGAAACGGCACUGUUUUAUGAAAUGCUGCCAUCCAAGACCUUGAACUUUAAAAGCCAGAAGUGCCACGGUGGCAAGCACAGCAAGCGGAGCAAGAAGCCCCGCUGUUUCAAGGGGAAUCGCAGGCUGCCAGUAAGCUACACCGCGAACUUCAUGUCAUGGGUGAUGCGAACUAUUUUUAGCAGCUGGCUCCAGUUCUUCGAUGCCGACAUGCGGAAGGCAAACCGGUCCGUCUGCCUUCUUCUCGACAACUGUAGCGCCCAUCACGUCGACGUGCGUUUUGGAAACGUGUGCCUGGUGUUCUUUCCACCAAAGUGCACUUCGGUGCUGCUGCCCUUUGAUCAGGGUGGUAUUCCAGCGUGA